AUGGCUGCGCUGGCGAUACAAAGGACUGACAACUUUUUACACACCUUUUUACAGGACCGGACGCCCAGCUCGUCUCCAGAGGGAGCACCCAACGCCCUGUCCUUCCUGGCCACCACCUGUAGCCAGGCCUGGCAGGUUGGAGGCGCUAUGGGCUCAGAAGGCUCCCAGUUCCCCUACGAAAGCACUGUCAGCUCCACAUCAGGAAUGUUUCAGCUCUGGAGCAACGACAUAGCGCCAAGCACAGCCCUCAGCACACACCAGAUGACCUUCACGGUACCUAAGGUGCAGUUCCCGGGACACAUGCAGCCUGGUCUGGGUCACCAUCAUCAUCAUCAUCCCCAUCAUCACCACCACCACCAUCAUGAGCUGCCUCUCACCCCUCCAGCUGAACCCCCAUCUUCCUACUCUUUCGAACUCUCCCCUGUCAAAGUGCUGUCUUCGCAGCCGCAGGCCACCGGCCCCUAUUAUCCUCAGCACAAUAGUGUGGGACAAAACUUCCCCAGCUUCAUCCAGAACUCCUCAGCCAGGCACCACCUGCCUGGUGGCCAUGUGGACGAAGGGCAGCAGUGGUGGAGCCUACCCCAAACCAACGCCACCCCUGCCAACCAUCCCUUCUCCCUAGGCAGACAGCUGGUUUUGGGCCACCAGCCCCAGAUAGCUGCUCUUCUCCAAGGCACCUCCAAGGGCCUGCUGAGCUCCACGCGCCGUUGCCGCCGCUGCAAGUGCCCCAACUGCCAGGCAAAUGGUGGGGGGUUAGAGUUCGGAAAGAAGAGACUGCACAUCUGCCACAUCCCAGAGUGUGGCAAAGUGUAUAAGAAGACCUCUCACCUCAAGGCACAUCUGCGCUGGCAUGCCGGGGAGAGGCCCUUCAUCUGCAACUGGCUCUUUUGCGGUAAAAGCUUCACCCGUUCAGACGAGCUCCAGCGGCACCUCCGCACGCACACUGGAGAGAAGCGCUUUGGGUGCCAGCAGUGCGGCAAGAGGUUCAUGAGGAGUGAUCACCUCUCCAAACAUGUCAAGACCCACCAGACCAGGAAGAGCCGGUCUGGGCAGCCUUCACAGAGCACGGACCCUCUGCUCACCAAUAUCAAAAGAGAGUGA